ACAUUGCGUCCCCAUACAUGGCGUGCCUUCGUUUUUUCUCGAGGACGCUGACAUAAUCUGAUCGUGGUCGUCGAAAGCCCAACAAAAACAAAAUGGCGGCGACUAUGGGAACUCACGAUGCUUCGUACAUUGGCCUUUUAGGUUUAGCAGAAACUUUCAGAACAUCGAACCCACCCAAAAUCAGGCAAUGUAUACAGUGUCUCCAGUCUGUGUUUCAAUUUCAACCAUCGCCCGCCAUCCAAGCUCGAACGCAUCUACAGCUCGGGAAACUUCUUCAUUCGCAUACGCAAAAUACGGACAUGGGGCGUUCACAUUUAGAAAAGGCGGUUGUCCAAGCACAAUCUCUUGGAACUGGAUUUGAAGACAUUCAUUUGGAAGCCAUGUGCAUUUUAACAGACAUUUACAAAGAACAGGGCCAAUUUCAUCUUGCAAAGUCUUCUUUACGUCAGGCACUUGAAGUGGCUCAUGCAAGCAUUUUGCCUUUCUGGCAAUUCAAAAUCACUUUCCAGUUAGCGGAUGUGCAUACAAGUGACAAAGAACUGAAAGCUGCAACAGAGGUUCUGGAAAUGGGAGAGAGAUUUGCUGAGCAGUGUGGAUCACACUAUAUGAAGUGUCUUUUUGCACUAACCAGAGCUAUGGCAUUUAUGAUGAUCAAAGAGUUGAGUCAUACCAAUGCCAUUUUAUCUAUGGUCGCAAGUUUCCUUGAGAGGUGGAACAUUUCUACUUAUCAACGGGAAUCAAUUCAAGUGUUUUAUUUACUGCUUAAAGUGUGGAACUUUUUAACAUUGGGACAGGCAAAAGGUGUCAGACCACACCUAAAACAAUUGCAGCAAUCAAUACAGAUAUUAACAACACUCCAUAUGGAUGAAUCACAAAUCCAUGAGGCUGAACGAUUUGAAUGGUUGACCAAGGAGCACCUUUGUGUUUUAGUUUAUUUGGUAACAGUAAUGCACUCCAUGUAUGCAGGAUAUAUGGAAAAGGCAAUCAGAUAUAGUGAGAAAGCUCUGGUUCAAGUGGAUCGGUUAAAAUCUACUACACCAAAAUCAGGCCUGUUGUCAACAUUUAAACUGGUGCUUCUAGAACACAUGAUUCUUUGUAGAAUGGUACAAGGACAGAUGCCACAAGCAAUCAAAGAGAUUUCUCAAGUUUAUCAAUUCGCUCAACAUGAUGGAAAAUUUUUGACAACUCAUCAAUCUGUGUUACAUACUCUUCUGGCCUUGUACGCAAUGUCCAUGAAUCUGAUGGACUCAGCCUUGACACAGUUUAAUACAGCUUUAGAGACCUGCAGUCAGCCGGAGCUCAGGAAUUUUAUUGGUUUAAAUCUGGCAAUUGUUUACAUUCGCUCUGGAGUGGGAGGCAGUAGAAGUAUAGAGCUUCAAAAUCUAUUGGCAAAGAUAAGACCAGAUCAGCUUCCCACAUGUUCACAUAGUCACCAAGCAGGUUAUUACUAUAUCAGAGGAUUACAGUCAUUCUUUGAAUCACGUUUCAUGGAUGCCAAAAAAUACCUACGGGAAACUUUAAAGAUUGCUAAUUCAGAAGAUCUGAACAGAUUGACAGCUUGUUCACUUGUCUUGCUUGGAAACACAUUUUUAUCUCAGGGGAUUACACAGGAAGCUUUAGACAUGGCAUUACCUGCAAAUCAACUGGCUAGCCGUAUACCUGACUCUUAUAUUCAUAUGUGGGCAGCAUCACUUCUGAGAGAUCUUUAUGGCGUAAUGGGUGACCCUGUCUCUGCUAGUGAAUAUUAUCAACUGCAUAACAGCUUCACCAAGCGACUUUUGGAUAGUCAUAUGCAAGCUAGUCAGAUGCCAGAACACAGACUUAUUGAGUGGGUUGGUGGCAUCAGUCCACCAAGGCAAUCAGCUACGAAACAAACAGCUGGACUGUUGACAACUUUUCCUCAAGCUGGACCUAGUAGUAUGAUGUAAUGCAAAUGAACACUACAGACUCGUGGAUAUCAGAAUUCCAUUUAACAGAGCUGUGUUAAAUUAUCACUUUGUAAUGUGGCAUUAUUAGCAAUGGUUGCUGUGGCAGCACUUGAAAAUCAUCAUCAUCAUCAUUACCAUUAUCAUCAUUAUGGCUGGGAAUGACAGGAUGUAUGUAUGGAGCAAGUAAUGGAGCUGUCAGUUGUUGUAAAAUUCUACACAUUUGUCACGUGGGGAUGAUUCCUAUGGUGAACAUAUCAGCUUUGGUGGAAUUCUUAAUUGCAUCCUCUUGUGGACAAGAUGAAAAAUUUCAUCUCAUGGAUUUAUGCUGUUAUCUGCAUUAUAGUCAUGACUGUGGAUCAGUUUCAUCAUGGUCAUUGAUACUGGUGUACAUGUGACUGAACUUAAAGCUAUGUCGUACCGCUGGCUAGUGCAAUCAAAUCAUUGGAGACAUUUCAUGUUGAUACUUAACUUGUGUUUGUGUGUGUGUUUACCUGCACUCAUCUCACAACCCAAGACUUAAAACUUGAAAUCUUGUGUGGAAAAUGAGACCUCAUUAUAUGAGUAACUAGUGUAAAUAUAUAUGUAGAUAAAUGUAUGUUUAAGGGGUCACGUCAUAAUGCCCAACCUUAAGUUCAUAUACAAUAAUUUUGUUGACAAACUUAAAAGAUAAGUGACCAGCGAAUGUCAAUCAAUAACUUAAAAUGUAGACUACUAAAAUUCUAAUUAAUAAGUAUUUUGCUACAAAUACUAGUCGUCAUCCAGUUGUUCCUUUCAUUACAUUAUCAAGUUGAUAGGCAGGGAGAAUAUGGAAUAUCACCAUCUAGGGGAUAUCAUCCUGAUGUACUACCAAAUUUUCAAAACCAACAUUGAAAUAAAUGUAGCAGGAAUUAGUUGGGAAAAUUGAUAUUCAUCAAGCUUUCAACUUAUUGGGUGGAGCCAUCUGUAUGUUUUUGAAGCAAGUCUUCCAUUGAAGGUAAAUGAUGUUGGGUUAUUUAAUAACAAUGUGUCCCACAAGUAACCUGUCUCAACUUUUUGAACUCAGUUUCAACUCUCAGCCAAUCAGCAUGGUGACAUUUUUUGCACAUAUAUUAUUAGCCACAGAACAAAACAAAAUGGAAACCAAGAGGCACUACACAGAUCCAUGUAAAGUGAUAUUAUCAGCAUGUAAUGUUUUUAGUUAAAUUGUAGACUUUUUCUUUUGAGAUGGAAUGGUUGAAUGUACAAAGAGAGAUGUAUGUUUAUGAAGCCAAGUUACCAUGUGGUAGCUCCCUCCCUUAUGAAAUGGUUGCCCAAAUCAAACAGAACCUAUCAAAUUUAAUGUAAGAAUGCUGUCAAAAAUCUGUCAAUAAUUUUUUGAUCAGAAACAGUAUUUUAUGCAUCACUGUAAGAUAUGUACAAAUGUUAUAUAACAUCUUUAGAUGUAAUCUCCAUGCAUGGCUACCACAAAGUAGUGGUGGCAUUUCAGUAAUGUCACGUACUUAAAUGUCGUAAGUUGUAAAUAUUGUGCAAGUAAGUUUAAUAUAUCAGUCUUUUAAUAAAUCACAGAUUUAUAUUAA